AUGGAGUCGUUGCGGACGUCCAAGAGCAUCGCGCAGAGUGAGCUGCAGCAGCUCAAGGAGACGCUUCGGCGGCUGAGCGCGGCCGACGACCCGACGACGAGCCUCAAGCUGAGCUCGCUCGUGACGCCUGCGACGCUCACGCCGACGACGCCCAAGGCCACGCUGCGCCACGCGCCGACGACACCGACAGGCGCGUCGAACAGCAAGGCCGUGCUCUCGGCGCUCAAAGCGCUCCAAGACAAGAUUCGCCGCGUCGAGGACGAGCGCGCGACCUUGGAAGACGAGUGCGCCAAUCUCCGCGCGCAGAUACGGCUCAACGAAGGCCAGCACGUGGCAGCAACCAAGAAGGCCGCCUACGAGCUCGAGCAGGUCAAGGACGCUGCACGUGCUGCGUACGAAGCCUUGCGAGCGGAGCGGGACGCACUGCAGUCGGACGUCAUCCAGGCGCAGCACGACCACGCGAUUACAAAAAACGAGCUCGAGCACGUCCAAGACAUGCUGUCCUCGUACAAGGAAAAGCACGAUGCGCUUGCGGAACAAAAUGCCAUGCAAGAUGCUCAUGUACUGCGACUGCAGACCGAGGUCGUCGAGAUGUCGUCAACGUCCAAGAGCCGCGUCCACGAGCUCCAAGAGGCGCUCAUGGAAGCCACGCGCAGCAACAAGGACGCAAUGCGUCAGAUUGCGACCCUCGAAGACCAAGUUCAACGCACGACAUCGCACAACACGACGCUCGAGAGCCGUGUGCAGGAGGCCGAGCGCACGAUCGCUCAAGUCUCGCAGCUCAACGAGAAGCUUGUCGUGCGCAUGUGGGAAGCGCAAGCCAAGGCCAAGGUCAAACCGAAAGCACCAAAGCCGCCGCCGCCGCCCGCCGUGAACCGGUCGACGGCGGCAAGUCGAGCAUCGGCCGCGGCGGCGAGUCACCGAGGCCUGUCGGCUGGUACUCUUGGUGUCAAAGGCGCAUCGACGGCCCUUGGCGGUCGCACGCAAGCACAAGCAGCCGCUCGAACGCCCCCACCGCCCCGGAAAAAGAGCGUGAAAAAGUUAAAGCCGACCAAAGCCAAGACCAAUUUAGAGCGCUUGGAAGAAGCCAACAUGGCCAAAGUCCCAUUUCUCCUGGGCACGGCGACGACGCCGUCGUUCUCGGUCAUUGGAACCGCACAAGAAGCGCUCCGGGCGUCCGAGCUCUACUCGGCCGUCGCGCCCGACGUCCACCGGCAGCCAAGUAUCGACGCUGUCUCACCACCACCACCACCUGUGGCCACUGACCAUGCAAAGGGUCCUUCGACGUACAAGACGGGCGCACCAACGGAGCUCCAGAUUGACGAACCACCCGUCAGCAAAGUGGCGUUUUUGAACUCCAUGUCCAAAGCCAUCGACAGCGUUCAGGAUGAAUUCACGCAACUAAACGAGCGCUACAAAGCCAUCAUGGGCGGCCUCGACAAGUCACCGGACGUGACCAAGCGCAUGGAAGAGACCAUCGAUGCGCUCGAAGCCAAAGGCGAGCAGCUCGCGCUGCUGCGGCAGCUCCACGCACAGGCCGCCAAGAACGCACUGUCGAGUGCAACACGGCGCGUGGUACACAGCCCGGACGCCGCAAGGAAGAAGACCAAGGCCCUCCGCGUCCUCCAAGAGUAUCGGGAGCUGGAACGCCACAUGAAGGAUCGCACAGCCGACGGCUAGUUGGGUGUAGAAACGUUAAAUAGGAGCCUGCAGAAGUGCGAGGC